AGUCAAAUUGUGUGAAAUACUUGAAAAAAAAACGAACUCCAAAAUCCUUUUAAUUAACGCCUCUCCCCUCCCCCCCGUCCCCUCCAACCGUACCCCCACGGUGUUCUUUCCCUUCUUCCUUUCUCGAUUAUCGCCGGCCACUCAACUCCGAUGGGAGAGAUCGAAGAAGCAUCCACCGGCUCCGACGAGGCAUCUCCACUUUUACCGAACCCGAAACCCGACCCGGUUCCUCCAACCCGAACUAAGUCGGUUCGGACCAAGGUACCGGAGGUGAAAGUCCAUUUGUAUAAGCAAGGGAAAGGUCCGAUCGACGAAUUUACGUCAUCGUUAGGUGGAUGGGAUCAGGAUCAGCUGGAGGUUCGUGAUAUUCUGGAUAAAUACGGGUUCAAAUCGGUUUAUGCAUUUAAACCGGAUUCGGGUCGAGGUCUUCCUAUUAGGUUUAAUCCACUUAAUGGACGCUCCAUUCUUACUUAUAGAGAUGGAUCUGAGAUCUAUAUUGAUGGAGAACCUAAGGACUCCUUGAUCCAACCUAUUACCAAGAUAUUGGUUGGUGUUGCAUUGAUCACCAUAUUGAUAGUAAUGGUGAUGAAAGAGUCUCCAGAAUGGGCAAAAAAGUUUAACCUCGGUGGUGGUAGUAAUAUUCCACCUUGGGUCCUGGCCGCUGCAGUUAUCUUGUUCACACGUGUGAGGAAGAGGACUAAGGAUUUCUUCGGAAAACGCCCGUGAUGAACUGGUGCUUAACCACAGGCAACUGAAUUUUCUCAAAAAUUUUGCAUGCUUUGUUUGUGAUUCACGUGUUAUACAUAAAGCUAAUCUAAUCUUAUAAUCCAGUCGUGUACAUGCCAUGCCAUUCCUUUUCUUUUUCUUGGUGGAGAAUUUUUUGUAAAAAUGUCUGGCAGUGACUGGAUUCUAGAUUGCUUUCUGGACGAUAUUACUCUAUCAAACACGCAUUCUCACCAUGAGUUAGAUCAUGUAUGAAAAUAACACCUUGCCCCAA